UUCUCCACAGCAUACAUACACGUCAAACUAUUUCUAACCUUUUGGUGCCAAGUACGUAUAACCCAAAGUUGUUUCUAGUGCCGACCGUCGCCGGUGGUAUUACGUCGGGAUUUUCUAUGUAUUUCCAAAGGCCUAUAUAUAUGUUUCCCUUCACAAGACCGACAUUGGAGCUGACAUUAGAGAUUAAGCAUUGUAGCUUAACAAUUAUAUUAACUAAUCUCCAAUGGCUUCUUAUCAGCUUAUUGCCCUGGCCCUUGUCACAAUUUUUCUUCCCACGCUCACCAUGGCAGCCGAGCACAUUGUUGGUGAUGAACAAGGGUGGACCGUUAAUUUUAACUACACAACUUGGGCUAGUGGCAAAGUAUUUCAUGUUGGUGAUACACUAGUGUUCAACUACAAGCCACCACACAAUCUCUUCAAGGUGGACGGCGCCGGCUUCAAGGACUGCGCAGCAUCAGGAGAACCCAUGGCCAGCGGAAACGACAUAAUAACACUUAGCAGCCCAGGAAAGAAGUGGUAUAUCUGUGGCUAUGGCAAACAUUGUUCUGAGCUUGGCCAGAAGCUAGUCAUCAAUGUAGAGGCUGAAACUCCAGCACCAACUCCAGAACCUAAUGCUGCUUAUGGACUUGCUGCUUCCUGCUAUCAGAUUUUUGCAGCAGCGGUGGCUGUCGUGGCAAUGAUCGCGGCAUGAUUUACCACUGAUAUGAUGUAAUUUCUGUUUUCAAGCAAAGAAAUAAAGGUUUCAUGAGUGUGGGGCAUUUUGACUAUCCUGGAAAUGCAGCAUAGUCAAGCCUUAGUUUCAUAAAUUACAGAUGUACGCAGCCCAAUGUGAGGGCAUGACAUGCACACACAAUCGCACACAACAAAGCAACAAAUUUAUUUAUUAGUUAAAUUAAUCUAAGAUAUGAAUGUUCAUCUGUGCCCA